AAAAGAGACGUUCUGAGCCUGCCACGGACAAGACACCAAGAGAACCCUUCGACCCAUCCCUCCUUCAAGUGAUCUUUGAAUCACGCUACGCAGUUGGAGAACUGCUCGGUAAAGGAGGUUUUGGACGUGUUUAUGCAGGAACCAGAAUGUCUGAUGGAUUACAAGUUGCCAUUAAGGUCGUCGCCAGGGCCUAUGCAGCUGAAUAUAUUACCAUGCCUGACAGCGGCGUGAGCCUCCCUCUGGAGGUGGCUCUCAUGACCAUCGUGUCCCAGCCCCCUGAGUGCCCCAACAUCGUCAACCUCCUGGAGUGGUUUGAGGGACCCACCUACUUCAUUUUUGUCUUGGAGCGCCCCGUGCCCUGCAUUGAUCUAUUUAACUACUGCCAGAGACUCCCUCAGUGUCGCCUCAGUGAGAACCAAGCGAAGCACAUCAUGCGUCAGGUGGUGCUUGCUGCGAAACACUGCCGUGACCGUGGUGUUCUGCAUCGUGACAUCAAGCCAGAGAACCUCUUGGUGAAAACUGACGACGUGACUGUCAAACUGAUUGACUUUGGCUGUGGAGACCUCUUGACAGAGAGCCCCUAUAACACAUUUUCUGGCACAAAAGGAUAUAUCCCACCUGAGUGGUGGUUACAGAAAAGCUACCAGGGCCAGCCAGCAACCGUUUGGUCCUUGGGUGUGCUGCUCUAUAACCUCCUCUGUGGCAAGCUGCCAUUUGUGGGCGAGGGCGGGAUAGUCUUUGGAGCCCUGCAGUUCAGCAGGGGACUAUCCAGUGGUGAGUGAAUGCAAGAGCUUUUAAGCUCUCUACAGUUCAUAGUAAUUUUUUAUCCUUAGACAACCUUCCC